AUGAGAAGUGUAGAUAACGGGUACCAGUAUGAGAGAAGUGUAGAUAACGAGUACCAGUAUGAGAGAAGUGUAGAUAUCGAGUACCAGUAUGAGGGAAGUGUAGACAACGAGUACCAGUAUGAGAGAAGUGUAGAUAACGAGUACCAGUAUGAGAGAAGUGUAGAUAACGAGUACCAGUAUGAGAGAAGUGUGGAUAACGAGUACCAGUAUGAGAGAAGUGUAGAUAACGAGUACCAGUAUGAGAGAAGUGUAGAUAACGAGUACCAGUAUGAGAGAAGUGUACAUAACGAGUACCAGCAUGAGAUAAGUGUAGAUAACGAGUACCAGUAUGAGAGAAGUGUAGAUAACGAUUACCAGUAUGAGAGAAGUGUAGAUAUCGAGUACCAGUAUGAGAGAAGUGUAGAUAACGAGUACCAGUAUGAGAGAAGUGUAGAUAACGAGUACCAGUAUGAGAGAAGUGUAGAUAACGAGUACCAGUAUGAGAGAAGUGUAGAUAACGGGUACCAGUAUGAGAGAAGUGUGGAUAACGAGUACCAGUAUGAGAGAAGUGUAGAUAACGAGUACCAGUAUGAGGGAAGUGUAGAUAACGAGUACCAGUAUGAGGGAAGUGUAGAUAACGAGUACCAGUAUGAGAGAAGUGUAGAUAACGAGUACCAGUAUGAGAGAAGUGUAGAUAACGAGUACCAGUAUGAGGGAAGUGUAGAUAACGAGUACCAGUAUGAGGGAAGUGUAGAUAACGAGUACCAGUAUGAGAGAAGUGUAGAUAACGAGUACCAGUAUGAGAGAAGUGUAGAUAACGAGUACCAGUAUGAGAGAAGUGUAGAUAACGAGUACCAGUAUGAGAGAAGUGUAGAUAACGAGUACCAGUAUGAGAGAAGUGUAGAUAACGGGUACCAGUAUGAGGGAAGUGUGGAUAACGAGUACCAGUAUGAGAGAAGUGUGGAUAACGAGUACCAGUAUGAGAGAAGUGUGGAUAACGGGUACCAGUAUGAGGGAAGUGUGGAUAACGAGUACAAGUAUGAGAGAAGUGUGGAUAACGGGUACCAGUAUGAGGGAAGUGUGGAUAACGAGUACCAGUAUGAGAGAAGUGUGGAUAACGAGUACCAGUAUGAGGGAAGUGUGGAUAACGAGUACCAGUAUGAGGGAAGUGUAGAUAACGAGUACCAGUAUGAGGGAAGUGUAGAUAACGAGUACCAGUAUGAGAGAAGUGUAGAUAACGAGUACCAGUAUGAGGGAAGUGUAGAUAACGAGUACCAGUAUGAGAGAAGUGUAGAUAACGGGUACCAGUAUGAGGGAAGUGUAGAUAACGAGUACCAGUAUGAGGGAAGUGUAGAUAACGAGUACCAGUAUGAGGGAAGUGUGGAUAACGGUGUGGAUAACGAGUACAAGUAUGAGAGAAGUGUAGAUAACGAGUACAAGUAUGAGAGAAGUGUAGAUAACGGGUACCAGUAUGAGGGAAGUGUAGAUAACGAGUACCAGUAUGAGAGAAGUGUAGAUAACGAGUACCAGUAUGAGAGAAGUGUAGAUAACGAGUACCAGUAUGAGAGAAGUGUAGAUAACGAGUCCCAAUAUGAGAGAAGUGUGGAUAACGGGUACCAGUAUGAGGGAAGUGUGGAUAACGAGUACCAGUAUGAGAGAAGUGUGGAUAACGAGCACUAA